AUGCGUAGCCUUAAACUUGCUCCUUUACUUCUUCUUUUCAACUAUGUUCAUCAUGCAUUGUGCGGUGCAAUACAAUUUGUCGCCAGAGAGGCGACAGAACCGCUCGAUAUAGGGAAGCCUUUGCCAGACGCUUCCGUCGACGCACUCCCUGCUUAUGAUACUGUUAGAGUUGCUACUGUUCAUUUCGAGUAUCUCGGUACCUCAGCUGAAGUGCCGCAAGUGAGGGCAGAGCUGGCGGCAAUGCAGUUCAUUUUCCAGCAAUACGGUUUUGAGGUCAGAGACUUGGCGAUUCCCCAAUCUUCAAGUUCAGAUGCCCAGUCAUUCUUGGAAUCACAAAUUACGUCGCUAUUUUCUGGGUUAAGCGGUCCAGGGGUACUUGUGAUUAUUAUAUACGGCGGCCAUGGUGACGAAGGCGGCGUGUGGACAAUAGGCCAAGGGACUGAUCAAAUCGCAGUCAGCUGGAGCAGCAUAGAUGCCAAUAUUAUUGCCCCAACAGGUAUCGAUACUUUCCAGAUCGUCGACGCAUGUUUUGCUGGCGGCUUUGUUGCUACAUCACAAGACAUUGCCCCGACUUCGUGGGCUGGCCGUGCAACUUUUAGUGCCAUAACAUCUGCAAGCGCUUGUUCAGUCGCUGGGGCUAACCAGCUGGCUUUUACCAAGGCGGUUAUACAUACUCUGGCCCCUGCUGAUGGCGCUCUUCCCACGAGUUUUACGCCUACAAGUCUUUUCAACGCGCUCCCCAGGGUAAAUCGAGCUUAUGCACAGUUGGCUGGCGAUUCUCAAGAAGUGAAUGCUAUAAUUUCUGGGAAUUAUGUCCCUCAACUUUACGAGCUGGGCACAACUAUCCUUCCUCUUGGGACAGGAAGCACACGCAAGAUUGCGCCAUUGGAUUGCUAG